AUGCGCAGUGCAGCUGACCCCUCUGCUUGUGCGAGCACUGCCACGUUAGUAGCGGCAGACACAAAACACCCGCUACUCUCCCGGCCCCGAGCAAGCAGCGACCCCGCCACCACCAGACGCUCUUCAGAACCAAACCCAGCUCCGACCAGCUCCUGCACACCUGCACACCUGUCCUACCGGCCCGAGAGCAUGUUUAAGCUGCUGCUGCUGCUGAGCCUGGCCGCGGCCAGGGCUGAGCUCGGCGAGGAGGAGGACGUGCUGGUGCUCAAGAAGAGCAACUUCGAGGAGGCUCUGCUGGCUCACCCCAACAUCCUGGUGGAGUUCUAUGCACCAUGGUGCGGCCACUGCAAGGCCCUGGCUCCGGAGUACGCCAAGGCCGCCGGCAUGCUGAAGGCCGAGGGCUCGGCCAUCCGCCUGGGGAAAGUGGAUGCCACAGAAGAGGCCGACCUGGCUCAGGAGUACGGGGUCCGCGGGUACCCCACCAUCAAGUUCUUCAAGGGAGGAGACAAGGAGUCUCCCAAAGAGUACUCUGCUGGCAGGCAAGCAGAUGACAUCGUCAACUGGCUGAAGAAGCGCACAGGACCCGCCGUGGCCACCCUGGCCGAGGUCUCCGAGGCCGAGUCUCUGAUUGCUGAUAACGAGGUGGCCGUCAUCGGCUUCUUUAAGGACGCCAGCUCUGAAGGGGCCAAAGCCUACGAGAAAGCAGCUGAAGCCACUGAUGACAUUCCCUUCGCCAUGACCUCAAGCGAUGCCGUCUUUUCAAAGUUUGAAGUGUCCAAGGAUGGCAUCGUCCUCUUCAAGAAGUUUGAUGAAGGCCGCAACACCUUCGACGGAGAGAUGACCAAAGAGAACCUCCUGGCUUUUGUCAAGUCCAACCAGCUGCCGCUGGUCAUCGAGUUCACCGAGCAGACUGCCCCUAAAAUCUUCGGAGGAGAAAUCAAGUCCCACAUCCUCAUGUUCCUGCCCAAAACUGCAUCAGACUUCCAGGAUAAAAUGGACCAGUUCAAGAAAGCUGCAGAGGGAUUCAAGGGUCAGAUCCUUUUUAUUUUCAUUGACAGCGAUAUUGACGACAACCAGCGCAUCCUGGAGUUCUUCGGCCUGAAGAAAGAGGAGUGCCCCGCCAUCCGCCUCAUCACCCUGGAGGACGAGAUGACAAAAUACCGGCCAGAAAACCAAGCCAUCACAGCAGAAAGCAUCACCGAGUUCUGCACGCGGUUCACCGAGGGAAAGCUAAAGCCCCACCUCAUGAGCCAGGACAUUCCCGAGGACUGGGACAAAACCCCCGUCAAGGUCUUGGUUGGCAAGAACUUUGAGGAGGUCGCCUUCAGUCCCAGCAAGAACGUCUUCGUGGAGUUCUAUGCACCUUGGUGCGGACACUGCAAACAGCUGACUCCCAUCUGGGAGAAGUUGGGGGAGAAAUUCAAGGACAGCGCUGACAUCGUCGUAGCCAAGAUGGACUCCACAGCCAAUGAGAUCGAGUCCGUCAAAGUCCACAGCUUCCCCACCCUGAAGUUCUUCCCUGCAGGAGACGAGCACAAGGUGAUAGACUACAACGGAGAGAGAACAUUGGAGGGCUUCACCAAGUUCCUGGAGAGCGGUGGUAAAGAGGGAGGCGCCCCUGCAGAAGACGAGGAUGACCUGGAUGGAGAGGACUUCGAAGACGGGGACGAGGAUUCAGACGGCGAGGACGGAGAUGGACACGACGAGUUGUAAGCGCUGCGGGAGGAGAUUAAAGGAGAGGAGAUGAGUCCCACCCCGAACCCGUUCAGCCAGUCACCAUCACCACCUUCACUUCCUCGUGGACCUUCCCCCGUCCUGUGGAGAUCAAACGUUUCCCCGUCAAACAAGCUCACGCCGGCCGGCCAGCCAGCCAGUCACUGGCCGGCAAGGCCGGUUAUUAUUUCCACCAGCCACAUCGUCAACCUCCCAACUUCCUACCAGACUGGUCUCAUCCCUCCUGGGGGAGGACUUGAUGGAACAGCGCACCACCUCUGUGGUAGACUUCAAUGCCUUGUUUGCCUUGUAUAUUUCAAACUAAAUGUAAAGAAAAAAAAAAAAAAAAUGGCAUUGAGAAGUUUUCAAAAAAUGUAAACAUUUCCAGAAGAGAGAGCCCCCUUUUCUCUAGCGAAAAGAAAAGCCUUGCCAUGAUUCAUUGUGGGCCUGAGCUAAGAGUGUCACCUGUAUUGAGCGGUAAGGGGGGGCUGCCAGUGUUCUUCUCCCUGUGAAAGAAACCAGGACCAGCGUUCGUGGUGGUUUUGUAAGGACUGAUCUCUCAGGGGAAGAGGGGCCAUCUUGUAUUCUUUUGUUUCUUUCUUUCUUUUAAUCAUUUCUUCACUAAAAUAAAGCCCACAGUUUGUCCAGCGUAGCACCAAGAAAGUGCCCCCCCUCAUCAGCAGCAAGACUGAUUUAUUAUCUUUUGUCUUUCGGGGCUAUAUGUUCAGUUCAGUUGAGUUUUACUUUUCAUUUUCAAAUAACUGGUUCUGUUUCCUCAUUUCAACAUAGCUACUGACUUUAUUUUUGAAAAGGAACACGGUUAACUUUUUGUGGGAAAUCCUAUUUUAUUUAAUUUGUCACAUUAAGGGUUUUUUUUUUUUUUCUUUUUUUAAAGAUUUGUCAUUUUUUAAUAUGUGGUUGUGCCCACCUGUUAUCAGUCGGCCGUGUGUGGGCGGAGUUGGCCCUCGGACACACUCUCAGACCCGGGGUGACGGUUGGAGCCGGUUCUGAUUGGUCGCACUGCGUUUACGCCGGAUCAGAGAUUUACCGCGGUUACUAAAGCAAACGGAGAUUGGCACGGUUUCAUGGCCGGUUUGGUCUGAGAGGUGCGUUUGUAUCUGAAGUGGGGAGGGAACAGUUGUACAGCCCCACGCCUCACCCACGCUGGAGCCCCCGGCACCCCGUUACGCUCGUCCCAGCACCCCGGAGCCGUGUGUGUGUGUGUGUUGGAGUGAAUGUGUGUGUGUUGGAGUGAAUGUGAGGUGUGUGUUUUGGCGAGGGGGGGCUGGGAUGAGCAGAGCAGGGUGACGGACGCGUCAGCGGAGCAGCGGUGCGGGAACCUAACAAAACAUUCCUCAUGUUAGAAUUAUGUGGAAAAAACGUGAAACGGUGGCCAAUAAAGAAAAAUACAUCUA